UGGGCAUGUGCUCGCUUUCCGUGCGCGGAGCGUGCGUGCAAACCCCAACGGGUAGACGAGACUCGCAUGCAUGUCGCACUACACCUCCGCUUGUCUUAGGCGUCUGACGUCCAGCUCCUUGACUCUCGUGGCUGACCAAAACAACUUUUUAGUUUAUUUUACAACAGAGAAAUUAAUGCUCAGCGCCGGCCAGAGCGGCAAAUGAGGAUGUCGAGGGGCUCGCCAGACCUUGGGAGAACUUGGUUGUUACUACUCACCGUCGUCCUGUCCCGGACCACCAUCAGGGCGCACAUUUUGUCCACGGCCAACAUCAACGUCACCCACUUUUCUCCGAACACCAACACCUGGGUCAGUGCGGAGCUGUCUGGCCUUUAUGGCAAAGACUCGCCCGUGAAAGGGGCCGAAGGCGAGAUUCGGGUUCCGAGUUCCGGGAAUGCUUUGGCUUGCGGACCAAACGUUGAGUUCGAAGGCAGCAAGUCGCCCUGGAUAGCACUGAUCGAGAGGGGCAACUGUUCUUUCGCGGAGAAGAUUAAUAAUGCGGCAGGAAAAAAUGCGGAUGCGGUGGUAAUCUUCAACGAAGCGGGGGCGGGCAAUAAAACGAAUUACUUUUCGCAUGAAGGCACUGGCAAAAUGGUCGCCGUAAUGAUCAGCAACAUCAAAGGCCAGGAAAUCUUCGAACUGGUGAGGAAACGGGUCUCGGUUCAUAUGGUGAUUGAAGUUGGGAAGCAACAUGGACCGUGGAUGAGCCAGUACUCAAUCUUCUUCGUCUCCAUUUCUUUCUUCGUCGUCACCGCUGUCACAGUGGGCUAUUUCAUCUUCUACACCGCCAGGAGAUUGCAGCUCUCGAGGGCUCAGUUACGGAAACAGAAUCAACUGAAGAAUGAAGCCAAGAAGGCCAUUAACCAGCUGGACCUACGGACCUUAAAGCAAGGUGACCAGGAGACUGGCCCAGAUGCAGACACCUGUGCAGUGUGCAUCGAAGCUUACAAGCCCAACGACGUUGUUCGCAUCUUGACUUGCAACCAUUUCUUCCACAAAAGCUGUAUUGAUCCCUGGCUUUUGGAGCACAGAACCUGCCCCAUGUGUAAAUGUGAUAUCCUUAAAGCUCUUGGAAUCGAGGUUGAUGUAGAAAAAGUUGAGGAAUCUCCAGAUUUGGAACAUGUAUCGAGUGAAAGAACUGGGCAAGAUAGAAACACUGAAGUUCCUGAGCAUGCCAUUUAUACCUUGCCUUCAGCUCACACCCCUGAGCAUGGACAGCAGCAAUCUCCAGUGACUGAGGACAAUCACCAUUUCAGCGAAGAACAGCGUCUCUUCAAUAAUGAUGCUCGAAGGAAUGCUCUAUCUGUCUAUGUUCUGCCACAAGACAAUCCAGCCUAUGAAGAGAUUGACCUGCGCGAUGAAGUGAAGUCAGGAAUUAUUCCAAAGUAGUAAAACAAUAAAGAGCCCGUCAGCCACCAACUGAUACAGAGUGUCCCUCCCUCCAGUGAACAUUUUGUUCCAAGUCUUUGGACUGGCUCACAAUCUACAUUUUUGCUGCAUUUUUUACACCAAUGUUUUAAAAUAAAAGUCAUUUUAGAUAGCCUAAAUAUAAUGGACAAAUUGUGAUUAGAACUGGUUUGAAUUCUCAGGAUCUCACGCAAUCAGUCUGCUUUAAUUUAUCUGAGGUCCUGUGAUUGCAUGAGUAGGGUGAGAGGCGGAGAUUAUUGGACAUUAUUCUAAACCCUUGUUUGGAGAUCGAUGAAACCUUGGGUUUCCAAGAUUGAAUGGGCUGCUGUAUUUUCCCCCUGGUAUCUACUGUAUAAUGGAAUCUAUUUUAUUAUGGGCCUUUAAACCAUGCCUCAGUUCUGCUGACCACAGCACGAGAAGAAAAUGCAUACAAAAGAUUAAUUGUUCAUCCGAUUAAUACAAUGCUAUUGCAAAGAACUUGUGUUGUCUAUUGGUGGCAUUGCUCCCAGAUAAUUGGAUCCCUGAUGUGAAGAGACCUUUCACUUAUUGUUCACAUAGUUAUAAUGGUGUUGCCAGUAUACUUGCUUCAUAAUUACUGGUACAUUUACUGGUAUUUUACUUUACUGAAAAUAACAGAUAAUUUUUGGGGGUUUUUUCUGAAAAAGUAAAAUGAUCAGUCAUAAAGGCAAGUUAUUCAAUCCAUUCAGGGUUCAGGGAUUCUGAAGAAAACCAAAUCCACAGCCCUAAAAAUACAAAUGGCCUUUAAUCAAACUUUGUGGUCGAAGAGCAUUUUUAAUGACCCUUUGCGGAAUUGGCUUCCUUUAAGCAAAUUACUGAUUUUGUUUCCAAAAGCAAAUAUAAAUCCUGAAUAAAGUUAAUCUAUUUUGGAGAUAAAAUGUGUUUGUGGAUACGUUAUUUGAAGAAUAUUAUCAAUUAUUUGCUUCCACUGUUGAACAAGUAUAAAAGGGAAGCAAAAAUUUGGGAGAGGAAGAUGUGUCAGCUCCUGAUGUGGAAUUUUGUAUUUUUUUUCCAAAGCAUUUUCUAUGUUAAUGCUUCAAGUUCUGAACACUGUUUUUUUGUUGAAAGUUGUUUUUUUUUCUGCUGCUGGUCACAGACUGCAUCUUCAAGAGUCCCAGGAGUAGAAGGAACAGGGAAAAUUAUCUUCUGUUUUUAACUUUUAAUAGACUUUCUGCAAUGGCCCAACUUUAUACCGUGUUCUCAGAGUUCUUACACACAUUGAAUUUAAUAGUAUUUGGCUGAUGAACAACAUGUGUCACAUGUCCUCACUCAACAAUGACAGGUGACUUUCAUAUUGAAACCUAUUGAAUAUUGAAAGGCCAGGAUCGGGGGUUCCCAGCCUGUGGUCCAUGGAACCUUCAGUUAGUGGUAAGGGUCCAUGACAGGAAAAAGGUUGGGAACCCCUGGUUUAGAUAGAGUGGAUGUGGAGAGGGCAUUUCCUAAAGUGGGGGAGAGAAGAACCAGACAGAAGGAUGUCCCAUUAGAACAGAGAUGAAAAGGAAUUUCCUUAGCCAGAGGUGGUGAAUCUGUGGAAUCCAUUUCGAAGUAAUGCCGUGGAGGCCAAGCCAUUGGGUUUAUUUAAAGCAGAAGUUGAUAGGCUCCUGAUUAGGAAAAGUGACAGAGGUUAUGGGGAGAAUGGGCUUCAGAGGGUAAUAAAUUGGUCAUGAUGGAAUGAUAGAGCAGAUUAGAUGGGCCAAAUGGCCUAAUUCUACUCCUAUAUCUUAAGGUCUUAUUCAGUAGAUAUACCUGGUGUGAUGCUGCAGAUACUUCAUUGGCUCAUUUGGUUAAUUAUUCAUACUAUCAAUACAAUAAAAUGAUAUGCAGUAACAUUCCAAACCCAGUAGGGUUGCAUUGUGAAUCACCCUCUAGAGAUCCUUGAAUGUAAGAGCCUAGAAACCAUAUGAAAAUGCAGUGCUUACAACUUAUUAUCACACUUUCCAAAACAGUUCCUGCUGCCUAUUACUUUGGUAGACUGAGAUCUUGUUAGAUUAUAGUUUCCUUAGCAUUUACCACAGUACUUUGCACUUGGUUUUCUGACACAUCUUCCCGCAGAGUCAUAGAAUGCUACACCACAUAAACUGGCCCUUCGACCCAUCUUGACUGUGCUGAACUACUAUCCUGCCUGGUGCUAUCGACCCAUGCCCUUAACUCCCCAGACCCCUCCCAUCCAUGUACAUAUUCAAAUUUUGCUUAAAUAUUGAAAUUGAACCCCCAUCCACUAUUUCUGCUAGCAGCCCAUUCCACACUCACACCACCCUCAUGUUCCUCUUAAAUAUUUCACCUUUCACCCUAAACCCAUGACCUCUAGUUCCAGUCUCGCCCAAUCUCAGUGGGAAAAACCUAUCUGCAUUUACACUAUCUAUACCCCUAAUAGUUUUGUAUAUCUAAGUAUAUAUUGGAAAGUUAUCACUGUGUAAUGUCCACCAUUCAUUUUAUUGUACAGGGAUUUAUAUUUCUCUUCCAGACAUAAAGCUAAAUUUAUUUUCCAGGCAUGUGAACUGUGUAUGGAAAUCCAUUUUACUGAUUAAAAAGAUCUUGUGUUGCUUUAAAUUUAAUCAUUUUAAUGUGGUACAAGUUCUAACCUUCUGACAUUCCUCGUCUCCUGGCUUCAGCCAUCACCUUUUAUCUUGUGCUCCUUCCCCUCUCUCCACCUUAUUCCAGCUUCUCCCACCUUCCUUUCACAAUCUCAAUGAAGAGUCUCUGCUGCAAACGUUGACUGUUUAUUCCUCUCCAUAGAUGCUGCUUGGCCCCAGCAUUUUGUGUGUGUUGGUCUGGAUCUCCAACACCUACAGGGUCUCUUGUGUUUACAAUAACUCCUCCAAGUAUCAGUUUCUUCGGAAACACGCCACAAUUUAACAGAAACAGCUGACACCGUUAUAGCAGUUUAGCGAAUAGAAAUCAAACCUCUCCGAGAAUGUUCUGUCACUCUCAUUAAUAAUGAAGUAAAUGAAAAAGAUGCCAGGCCAUUACCUCCAUGAAAAGCAGAUAAGGUCUCCACAUAGAUCAAGCUAAUACUGAAAUCUCAGUCAACUUAAUUAAAAGAUUAAAAGCCCAGAAUCAUCUUGAUACUUGUGAGAAACUGCUAUGUACAAACUGUUAAAGUAGUGACUGAAAUGUUUUUUGGCUGUAAAGUUAUUGAAUGUCUUGACAGGGCAGCUUGGUUGUGGAAGUAAUGGACUGCUGUCUCCAGUGACCUUGGUUCAUCCAGCCCUUGGGUACUGACCAUGUGGAGUAUGCACGUUCUCCUUUUGACCGUAUUUCUUUCCCCGGGGUCUUCCAAUCUCUUUCUGCUGUCUUGCAUGUUGGUGAGUUAAUUGACCACUGUAAAUCGCUCUACCCCCCCCGCCCCCGUGUAGAUGAGUGUUAGAAUCUGGUAGGAGUUGAUGGGGAUGUAGGAAGAAUAAGUUAAAGGAAAAAUUACUGAACAAUGAGAUUGUGCUAUGAGGUAGCAUAGACUUGAUGGGUCAAAUUGACUACUCUCUGUGUCCUUAGAAAAUAUAGCACAGGACUCGAAUUUAUGUGGUCCUAUUUUAAUCUGAACAAUAUUAGAAGCAGAUAGUUGGAUCUAGCAUUUUGAUUAUUUUGCUUUAUACUCACUGGCUGGUUUCAAUAGAUGCUAAAAUGGAACUGCGAUGUUGAGGACAAUUGUACACCAAACGAUAACAUGGCCACCACCAACACUUAGCUGUCACAAGGGCAGGAAUGGCGGCAGAAUGUUCCGGGGUUUAAAUGUUUCAAAAGAGCCUGGGAGGAAGGCAAAAUAGGUGGAGGACUGGCAUUGCUAAUCAGGCAUAGUAUCACGGCUGUAGGAAGGGGGUUGUGGUGGAGGGAUUCAGUGUUGGUGGAUGCAAAAAUCAUCAAUAAAAGUGUGGCAUUCUCUUACUUCACUUCCUGUAUUAACCUGGUGUAUGUCUUGUCUGGUCCUGGUGACUGACCUACCCUAAAGUUUUUCAAACUUCUACCACACCCUUUUACUGAAUGUCAACAUGUUCUACCAUGUCAUAAUCCUGUUCUCAUACACACCAAGGUCGAAGUCCUUCUCACUGCUGAAUACUGCAGAUAGAACAUUACAACACAGUACAGGCCCUUUGGCCCUUGAUGAUGCAUAACAUGCUUUGCAGCUGUCCCAUAAUAUAGAGGUCCACCUAGUGUUUAAGCUGCAGUCAUUCUUCAUUCCUUCUUCAUACUUCCCGGUAACAAUGUUGUGCAGCUGGUAGGUUGGAAAACAUUGUGUAGAACAGAUCAGUUCUCAAGAGUCCACCAGCUUCUGGAUUUGCUCUUUAGGUAUUAUCCUGGCACAAGUGGUAGUUCAUUAGGAAUAAUUACAUUAAUACCAGCGGGGUAGCAGUCCCCAGUGCAAGUAAGAAAUAGCACAUGUAGAUAUGAUGGACAGACUCUGUGGCAGGAAAGAUCUCAUGUCAGUGUACUGGCCGCUAUGUUUUAUUCCUCUCACUUACCUGGCUGCUGUAACUAGCUGCAAUAUUGAUUAAAUCCUGCCGUUCUGAAAGAAAUCAUCCACCUCCAACCAUCCAUCAGUCACCAAAGCUACUGUAUUAAUGAUAAGUAUAAAGGAUUGCUGAACCAAAUCCAGUGUGUUUCCCAAUGAGCAGAAGUGAUUAAAAUCACCCCAUCCCUAACCACCCCAAAAGAACCAUCCACUUCUUGCAGUUUAUCUCCUGUAGAAGAUUUUAAAGCCUUAAUGAUUAAAAAAAUAAAAUUACACUUUGAAGCAAUAUGCAACAUUCAUAUUAAUCUCAUGCACUUUAUGACGGGGACUUGAAUGAUUCUUUACUAAUGUGCCUCCAUGGGUGACCUGGAUUGAGAAGGUUCUACCUGAAUACCUGUGAAAGCAACUUCUCAAAAAACUUUGAGAACUUUAUGGUGGUUUUUUUUAAGGCACGUGAACAAUUAAGGAAGGAAUCAGCAUUUGUACCAGAAUUUUCUGCUUGGAAAUUUAUUGUACAUGAUUUAAAACAUAAAUUGUAAGAACUGCUUUAUCAAACUGUACAUUUUGAUGAUUUAAUAAACUUUAUUGUUUCUAAAUUAA